CGCGUGCGCUGUUAAACUCAACAGUAGGCGUAGGGAGCGGGCCACGGUGCAAACCGCAUUAAAUUACGAGAUGGCUGGAUUGCCCCGCAGGAUCAUUAAGGAGACACAGCGCUUAAUGGCAGAGCCUGUGCCUGGUAUCAAAGCGGAGCCUGCCGAGGGGAACGCGCGAUAUUUCCAUGUGGUCAUCUGUGGGCCGCAGGAUUCACCGUUCGAGGGUGGGACUUUCAAACUGGAGCUGUUUCUCCCGGAGGAAUACCCCAUGGCUGCUCCAAAAGUCCGUUUCAUGACCAAAAUCUACCACCCCAAUGUGGACAAGCUGGGGAGAAUCUGUCUGGACAUUCUGAAAGAUAAGUGGUCUCCAGCUCUGCAGAUACGUACAGUGCUGCUCUCUAUUCAGGCUCUGCUGAGUGCUCCAAACCCUGAUGACCCUCUGGCCAAUGAUGUAGCUGAACAAUGGAAGAGCAAUGAACCUCAAGCCAUUGAGACAGCCAGAACAUGGACCAGGCUUUAUGCCGGAAACAACAUGUAAGUUUAGAAGAAGAAAAACAGCAAUCUCCUGCUUUCUUCUUUUGCAUUAAAAGGACACUUUCUGAGUCAAAUUAAAGCAGCAACAGGACAAAAAAAAAAAAAAAAAAGAUUCAAAACCAACUACUGCAGCCCUUUGGGUGAUUGUCGGGUGUGUUUGUGAGUGACUGUCCCUGGAUCAGCUCAGAGCUCGCUCUGGUUCUGUGUUCAGGCAGAAAAUUAUGUAUUAUGAAGGCCUGGGGCUUCAUGACUGCUUCCCUUUCAUGGUCACUACACUGGACCAGGUCAGAAUGUGUUGUCCAGUCACUAUUAAAGUCAUUGACACAGCAGCUUUUACUGAAAACAGAUUGUAGGCUUGUGCAUUCAGGGCCCCAGGCCUUACACCCACAGAUGGAUGUUUAAUUUAGUUUAUGGGGCAUAGAGGGUGGGCCUUUUAAUCGUGGGUUGCAAAUAUGCUGCUUCAUGGUCAGGGACAAAACAAUUAUGUGAAUUUUUUACUUUUUUCUCCCUUUGAAACUCUUCAGUUUAUUAAAAGCAUGUAGUUAACCCAUCUAUAUCAUGGCCUACCUGACAGAACCUGCUCCGAUGUUGUUGUAAUCCAAACAAAACGUGUGUGUGAUCCAAACAAAGUGUGUGUGUGUGUGUGUGUGUGUGUGUGUGUGUGUGUGUGUGUGUGUGUGUGUGUGUGUGUGUGUG